AUGGAUUCCAUCCACUUAAACCAAAUCUUUCACUACUCUACUACUACCCACAGCUACCAAAUCCGGUGGACCGCUCUUGGUGACGAUGCCUUACCACCGCUGAUCUUUGUCCAUGGUACCCCCUGGUCAUCACGAGUCUGGGAUACGUACGCACGAUCAUUUGCCAGAUAUUUCCAUGUCUACCUCUUCGACAACCCCGGUUUUGGCGAGAGCCCCCUCGGGCAGCCACUCCCGGGUAAGGAAGAUAUCAUUACUAAACAAGUCGCAUUGGAUGCCGAUCUGGCGCAGCAGUCAGAGGUCUUCGCUGCGCUGUAUCACUACUGGGCUCAGGGUUGGAAACACCCAAAGGCCCAUGUCAUCGCACAUGAUCAUGGAGGGCUGAUGACCUUGCGUGCCCACAUAUUACAUGGUUGCGAGUAUGCGAGCCUAUGUCUGCUUAAUGUGGUUGCAUUGGGACCAUUUGGCCAGCCGUUGUUUAAAUUGAUGGCGGACAAUGAGGAAGUGUUUAACGCGUUGACUGGACCAGUGUUUGAGGGAGUUGUGGAAUCAUACAUUCGAGACGCGGCAUAUACUGAGUUGGGGAAGGAGACGAUGGGGAUGUUGAAGAGGCCGUGGAUCAGUAGUGAGAAAGGGAGGAAGGGCUUUGUGAGACAGAUGGUUCAGGCAAAUAGUCGCCACACGGAUGAAGUGGAGGGAAAGUACCCUGAGGUAGGCAAGAGAAUGCCAGUGAGAAUCAUCUGGGGCAAGGAGGAUAGGUGGAUUCCUGUGGAGACAGCCCACAGACUGAAGGAGAAGCUGGGUGCUCGAGAUGUGGUAGUGAUCGAAGACGCAGGGCACUUGGUGAUGUAUGAUCAGGGAGGAAGGUUAGGGGUCGAACUAGGCUGGUGGCUGGGUUCUUUAGGCCAGUGA